UCUACCCUAUAAUGAAAUAAGUUCAAACAAUGUUUUCUAAGGCUAGUUGAUAAACGAUGAAUAAUGAUUUUAGAGUUUUCAUAAUAAAUUUGAAGUUCAGAUGUUCAAAGCUAAUGGUCAUGCUACCAGAUUGAAGUAAUAAUACGGUCAAGUGUUGGAGACGUCAGACGAAAAUGUAUUUUUGGCAGCUAACAUAUAUUUCAAUUGUAUCUAACAGCUGAUUGAAUUUGACUUCACCAAAGAUUUUCUAAUGUAAGUUAAUAUUUUACACACAGUAUUUUGUCUUGAUGAAAAAGUAAAAAUUAUUCAGAAAGAUUUGGAAGAAUGAAAUAAACGAGGAUUUGGCAAAUAAAAACUUGCUGCAAGUAUUGUCCUGUAAACCAGUUAUUUUAUACUGUAAGUUAACCAACCAUGUUUAAUGAAGUACAUAAUACGAGGCAACAGUUAUAUUUUCAAAACAAAACAGCGGAAAGCGUUGGACACUCUUUUUCUUCGAAACGAUACAUAAUAAAAUGCAUCAACGCACGGUGUGGCGGCAGAUGCGCAUUUCGGAUGAUUUCAUAAUGGGUUUUGUGGAAGUAAUAGAGACUGGCAGCACAGAGAAAUUACAGGAGCUCAUAGAUGCGGAAGGAUUACCCAUAAAUGACAAAUGGAAAGACUACGAUCUACUAAACUAUGCCCUAGCCAAGGGUCAAAAGGAAGCUGCUAUGAUGCUCAUUGAAAGAGGAUGCAGAGUAAAUAACAGAGAUUUUGCACUGCCAGCGGAUACACCUCUUCAUCAUGCUAUCAAGUUUGGCAGCAUUGAAAUCGUUGAACUACUAUUGAGAAAAGGAGCCUCGAUCGAAGCAAGGAACUCUGAAGGAGAAACCCCUCUGCAUCUAUCAGCAAAAAUGAGGAACAACGUCUUUACAGAUCUCCUGUUGACGUCAUUAAGCAACACAACAGACAUGAAUUACGUGGACUCAAGUGGCCUUACGUAUUUGCAUAUCGCUUGCAUGAGAGACAAUUUGACUCUUAUAGAACGAUUACUGCAAAAUCACUGCGAAAUCAAUCAUUGUAUCAAUUUUGACUCACCGGAACUACCAGGCUAUACUGCUCUUCACUGUGCCAUUGAGUUUUACAAUUUGGACGCGAUUCAGCUGCUUCUAAGCCACAAAGCCAGCAUCAGCGUGAAAGCCAAGAACGGCGUGACUCCUCUUCAUCUAGCUGUUAAAUACGGCGUCCUCAAGUAUGUAAAAAUGUUGCUGAGACACAGUUCCAACAUCAACCUUGAUAUAAAUGCCCAAAUCGAUGUUGAUACCGAGGAGUAUCCCGGCUACUCCCUUCUUCACUUUGCCAUUGAUCUUAACUGGAUGUCGAUUUUCAACCUGCUUAUGCGUUAUAAACCCAAUGCCGACACAAAGAGCAAAACCGGCUUAACGCCUCUCCAUAUAGCCUUAAAAGAAAACGCAAUCGACGUGGUCAAUGAACUGUUGAGUUACGGGGUGGAAGUCAACUGUGUUGAGCAUGAAAAUAAUACAACACCUCUGCACUUGGCGACGCUGAACAAGCAGUUAGGCAUAAUCCGAACGCUGGUGAAGCGAGGUGCAAAAGUAAGCGCACAGCAGAGGGAUGGCUUGACUCCGCUGCUUAUCGCCGCCUCCUGGAAGUACGAAAGGGAGCGUAAGACUAUGCAUAGCACGCUCUUGGAUUUGCCGUUUAUGUUUAUGCACGAUGAAGUCAUGAACGAGUCACAAGUGACACCCCAAACGAGCUAUGUCUUUGAGCUUCUGUUGUCGGCCACCGAUUUGUUUGAUGCAAACCCGGUGGAUAGUCGAGGACUUUCGCACUUUCAUAUUGUCUGUAUGUGCCUGGGAAAGGACAAAGUUUUGGGCUACCUACAGAAGAAUGCCAGAGUCAAAGAUGGGAUUAACGAUAAGGUGAGCGAAGAUUCUCCCGUUUGGCCAGGGUACACCGCACUGCAUUUUGCCGUUGAGAACGGAAAGCUUGAUGUUGUGAAGGUGCUGUUGGAGUAUAAGGCAGAUGUGAGGGCUGUCAAUGCCAAGGGGAUGACUCCUAUUCAUUUGGCCGAUCAGCUUAUUGAUAACCAGAGGAAAGAGUAUAUAUUGGAAGAGCUGCUGGACACUCUGUACAAAGAUAUCGCGGACUGCGAAUUUCCCAAUAAAAAUCGGGGUAUGACCAUGUUGCAUGUUACUUGCAUGCAGAAAGACGGCAAAGUAGACGAUGAAGAUUUGGACGACAUGGAAAAUAUCGAAGCAACUAUAGAUGACGACUCGCCGAUCUGGCCUGGCUGUACACCCCUACAUCUCGCUGCUAUCUUCCGGAGGCACAAGGUCAUCGACAGUUUGCUGCUCUGCGAUGCGGAUCCGAACGUGGAGGACGCCCGCGGUCUUACGCCUCUACACAUAGCCUGCUUGCACAACGACGAAGAAACGAUCUCCAAGCUAUUGAAAGCCGAGGCAGACGUAAAUCACGCUGUCAGGAAAAGCUCUGAAUAUGCUGGCAAGACUGCUCUGCACAUCGCCUUGAAUCAAAAACAGCCAUCGAUUAACGUUGUCCGAAAGCUUUUGAGACGAGGUGCAAAUAUUAAUGCUAUGGAUUUAAACAGUGAUACUCCUAUUACUCUGUUUGCAAAUUGGUAUAGCAAUGAUACACUAUUUCCUCCUCUUCUUAGUGCUUACCCUAUUUCCUUCGAGUUAACUGAGUUUGCAAUGACUUUAAAAGCAAUUGACUUUCGUUUUAAUGAAGCAACAACGAAGGCUUUUCAGAAAAUUAAUGAUUGGAUAAACGGGACAAAUAUAUUUAUUAACGGGGUGUCAUUAGUGGAAAUUAAAAAUAAAAAUCACACAAAUGAUUGUCGCGCUGAGAUCAAGAAGUUAAAGAGCAUCCGAAUAGAUAAGUCCUGCACUUUGUAUGAUCUUUUGCUAAAAAACACCGAUGAGAUGGCAAAUCGAGUAAAAAAUACUAUUUUCAAAAAAAUACUUUCGAGUGCAAUUGACACGGAUUUUCCUAUUUAUGGAUUUUUACUGAAAGUUCAGUAUCGCUCAGGGAUUAAGAGAAGAAAUUAUUUAAAUUUUGCUAAGGAAGCUUUAGCUGAGCUUAUCCCAAAAAUACCAUUGCCUGAUUCUUGUAGUGAAAGCAUAUUUAAAUACCUAAGUAAUGCUGAUUUAGACAACCUUAUAAAAGCGAAUGAAGUAGGUUACGUGAAUUAUAAUUGAUUUUUACUCAAUUUACUUUCAUAAUGGUUAUUUAAUAGUUUAAUUCUAUGUGAUGUAUGCUAGACAAUUUGUCAUCAGUUUAAGUUUCAUGUAUUGACAAAAUUAGAAAGUAAGUCAGUUUUUUAUGACAAAUAAUUUAUUCAUCCAUUGAAAAAUAUUUAUGGCAUGAAAAUAUUAGUUUUAUAGCACAGUGUGGCUAAAAUCCGCUAUUAAGUCACGCCUAUCUGUGACUAAAGGAGUCCUUUUUUGCACCGUUUUUAUCACACUCGCUACGCUCGUGCGCUAACCUCACGGUGCAAAUAAGGACUACUUUAAUUACGAAUAGGCAAGAUUUGCGAACUUUAGCAAUCUGCGAUAUAAAAUUUUAUACGAUACUCUUGACAAAUGGUUCAUUUUUACACGGCGCCUAGCGCCCUCGCUACGCUUGGGUGCUAACUGCGACGUGUAAAAAAGAACCAUUUAAGUCACACGUAUCGUAAUGUACUAUUAUAAUAAGAGUUGUCAUCGUAAAUAGCAUAAAUUAAACAAUAAUUAUAAAAAACAACGUAUUAUUAUAAGAAGAUAGAAACAAAUUAGAGAUAUAUUAUUAUAAAUCGUUUUCAUAUUAUAAAGUAAGAAGUUGAAUGAAUGAAUCUCAUGUUUCAACACGUUAGAUAGUAAAUUUAAAAAAAGCCUGAUUUAUUAUACAAAGCGCAAAUUAUCUUUAAAGAAAAAUAAAAUCGUUUAACGAUAUGAUACUGUAGCUUUGUAAUUUUGUUACCUUAGUUUAUAAAGUAAGCGAUACUUACUGCUUGAUGUUAAGUAUUUUCAAACUGCAUGAAUAUAAAGAUUGCAAAAAUAUAUAUGAAGAACCAAAUGUUACACCGAAGAAAAUGUAAAGAAGGGUAUUAUUUUUUUGUAUAAAUAAUAUAAUGCAAAUAAAAUGUUAAAGCACUAUGUAUAUCUGCGAAUGUAUAAAUUGACAAAUAAACGGAUUUUCCUUAAUACUUAA